AUGAGUUACAGCGCUUCUUCGGCUCAGAGGGGUCUUACUUCACCCUCAGGUGUGUCUGAGUGCAGCGAAAGUACAAAUGUCGGCUUGUUGACCGCUGGUAUGGAUCGUAGCUGCGAGGACACAGUCUCCCUCUCUUCUCACUCAACAGUGUCGUCUUUCCCGGGCAGCCGGCCUUCUCCUGGAGAUGAACGACGGUCUAGCAGCACCCCCAGUGGGGCCACUGACCAGCAUUUUGACUCCACAACUGAUCUGAAAAACCAGUUGCUGUCCCUUUCCCAUCCACUCCUCAGCUGCCUCCCCCUGGAGCACACAAUUGUGGCCGACAGACGCCGCGUUUUCCACAAAACGCAGCUGUGCAGACACCUGGCAUCGGGCUACUGCCGCAACGGACUUGACUGCCCUUUCGCCCACUCAGAGACAGAGCUCCGGCCUGCUCCUCACCUUUCGAAGACAAUGAUGUGCCCGGCUGUGAAGGCUGGCGGGCUCUGCCCGAGAGUUCUGGCAGGGGGAAACUGCUCGUUCGCGCACAGCCGUCACGAGCUGCGGCGCACGGCUAAUCACUACAAGACAAACAUGUGUCGGUCGUGGCUUUCUGGGAAUUGUUUGAAAGAUGACAAGUGCACUCACGCGCAUGGCGAACUAGAACUUCUGUUUUACCGGCACCGAGCUCUUCAGUCCGGCCGUCGAGACUUCCUCGACGAGAGAGAGACGGCAAGGAUUGGGAAAGUGCCAACUUUGAGGAGUAGCUCCCCCAGCAAGUGUUCUCCCAAGCAGCUGAGUGCCGCGAGGAAUUGCAUAGCGGGGCCUAGCCCUCAGAAGAAGCCUCUGACGCAGCAGCUCAACAGUGGCAGCUUUGCAGGGUGCCCACCUAGGAAAGGCUACACCGGCAGUGUGCCUGCUGUACAACAAGUUGAACACAGUAGUCGCAAAAGCCUUACUCAGCAGCCCCCUGCUCUUCCUGUUCCUGCGGUGUAUCCAGCCUCUCCAGAUGUCCUUUCUGAAGCAGCAGCCCUUCUACAGCUAGCAUCUCAACUCCAGGCUCUAGCACUUUCUCAAUCAAGGGAAAACCAGGCGCUGUAG